GUCCCUCGGCACAGGGGUCACAAGUGCCUGGUGUGCACUGAGUGUCGGCAGUGCCCCCCGGGCCCGCUGCCCACAGGAUAUGAGUCACCUUCAGUCAAAGGCUUGGCAUGGGGGCGCGCAGCCCCCCGAACCAGCGCCAGCUCCCCCCGCAUCCUGCUCCUCGCCUCUUGGCACUGCGCAAUGGGAAACUCCCGAGCGUUUCCUCUGCACAAAGCGCCACAGAAAUGCUGGAGACCAAGUCCUGCUUCAAAGCAGACAGCUUGAACGAGGGUGCAGGCCCCAGAGCUGCAGUCACCUCCCUCCCCUCAAGCCCGCAGCAGCCCUGGCUCACGCGGGGGAUGCGCCUCAGGCCCAGAACAGGACGAUUCUAAUGCUGUGCACCAAAGAGGGACUUCAGAUUCUGCCACCAGCCAUGGUGGCUGCUCAGGUCCCUCUCCCUGCUACUCCCUGCCAAGCACAGAGGGGCUGCUGAAAAAAAAAGCCCUGCCACCUCCGAGCUGGGCUGGGAAGAGAUCUGCAUUUGGUGCGUCAGAGUGUACCGGUGCGUUAUACCCGCUGCUCACUGUCCGCAGCAGCAAGUAGGAGAGGCCUGAGCGUUUGCAACUGCUCGUCUGGGUGGGCAAGUGGGUGGCAAGCCAAGGGCAACGGCAGCUUUUGAAACAGGAGGGAGAAACUUGAAGCUGCACCAGCACAGUGUCCUUGGGAUGUGACUACAACCCAGGUGGAGAUUUCUGCUGAGCAGCCUGGGCUGCAGGGGAGACGCUGGCAGCAGCUCUCACACCCUGUCUCUGAGCCAGUGUGGGGGCACUUACCACCACCCCCACCCCCCAAGUGGCCACCAGAUGGCUGGGGAUUGCAUUUCUCUAGUUUCCAGGUCUUGCUUAUGAUUCCUGAACCUUCAUUUCUAAGGCAUCUUCAGAAGACUGGUGUGCUGAGAAGAGGUGUUUGCUGCGUGGGCACGUACGUGGGACCCCAGCCCUGCACGUGCACGAACCUCCACGGCUGAAGAGCUUGCACGUGGGCAGCUUGUACCGGCUGUUGAGGAGUGGGGGUGAGAUUGCCUCUGUUCAAAGAAACGGUUACGUAGCAGGAAUACACAAGGUGUUGAAGACCUCACUAUUCACCCAGACUAAGCAAAGCUUUCACCUAAAAGGAAUAAAAAAUAAACAUGGCAGAAUUUACAGGUUACAAAGAAACCUCAAAUCGGCACCUACGAUUCAAACUGCAGAGCCUUAGUCGCCGCCUUGAUGAACUGGAGGAAGCAACCAAAAAUCUGCAGAAGGCUGAGGAUGAGCUGCUUGACCUCCAGGACAAAGUUAUCCAGGCAGAAGGCAGCAACUCCAGUAUGCUGGCUGACAUUGAAGCCCUGCGGAAGAGAGUGCUGAAGAUUGAAGGCAAGGAUGAAGAAAUUAGGAAGGCUGAAGAGCUUUGCCGGUUAAUGAAAGAAAAACUUGAAGAGGAAGAGAGCCUCACCCGAGAGCUGAAGUCAGAAAUCGAACACCUUCAGAGGAGAAUGGCAGAUCUGGAGAAGCUGGAGGAGGCCUUUGGCAGGAGCAAGAACGACUGUACACAGCUGUGUCUCAGCCUCAAUGAAGAAAAGAACUUGACCAAAAAGAUAUCUACAGAACUGGAAAUACUUCGAGUGAAAGUGAAAGAACUGGAAGCAUCUGAGGACAGGCUGGAUAAAACCGAGCAGAGCUUAACGGGCGAGUUAGAAAAACUGAAAUCCUUAGCUCUGAGCUUUAUCACGGAAAGAAAACAUUUUAAUGAAAGAGAAAAGCAGAAUGAAAAAAUAAUCCAGGAGCUAACACAGAAACUAGAACAAAACAAUAAACUAAAUAGGGCAGAUCAAACUAGAAAUGCAUCCAACUUGCUAGAAAGGUCAUCAAAUAAUCUCCUGGACAGAAAUGAUUUGAGAAUUGAAGAUGACUUGACUUCUGCCUUGCCCUCUAAGGAGACCAGGAGGAAGGGAAGUGUGGAUUACCUGAAACAUGUAGAAAAUGAAACCAGGAAUAAAUCAGAAAACCAAAAGAAUAAAAAUCAGGAAGACAACAAAGUGAAAGAUCUCACUCAAGAAAUUGAGAAACUUAAAACGCAGAUCAAACGUUUUGAAUCUUUAGAAGAGGAACUUAAAAAAAUGAGAGCCAAAAACAAUGACCUGCAAGACAGUUACUUGAGUGAACAGAAUAAAAAUAAACUCUUAACAGGUCAACUAGAAGAAAUAAAAAUGCAAAUAAAGAAACAGAAAGAUCUGGAGAAUGGAGAGGUCGAAAAUGAAGAUACAAGCUUUUCGAGCCGGGGAAAACAUGACAGACCUAAAUACAGAGGUGUCACAGCUGAUCUGACAGUUGCCAAGCACAAGCCAAGGGAGCUCUCACCACAGCAGCGCCGAGAAAGAGCAAGGAACAGAGAUCUCUCUGGCAGUCAUGACAGCUACAGCCAUGGGGGUAAGCAGGUGCCCAGUCCAAGCUUAAUGAGCAGAAAAGCAGGAAAAGCAUCUGGUGCAUCUGCCCUUUCAGACACUGCUGUGACAGACACAAAAAGACUGGAAGAGAAAUCUUUAGUUUCCACUUUUUCUUCGAGUCAGAGGGAAGGCUGUGUCACCCAGAAUGAGGGGAAGAGAUCAAAAGAGCAGCCGUCUGUUCUCAGCCGAUACCCUCCUGCUGCACAGGAGCAGAAAUCUUGGAAAGCACCUUCCAAACCUGUUGGUGACACAGGCCUGAGAUCAAAGGCUGAAAAACCAUCUCAUGUGCUCCGUGGCAACUGCCAAACAGGUGCUGAUGCACGGGAUGAAAAGUCAAGCAGAGGAGAAUCAGUGGCUUCUUUGACUGAGAAGCUGAAAACAAGUCAGGCAGAAGUCGGUGACUGCUUGGGGGACAUGGUGCUUGCCAGGGGCAAUCACACCUCUUCCAACGGCACAGCUUCGGCGUACAGGUACCACCUCUCCUCCCAGGUGUCGGCUUCAGACUCCGCUGGCUGUAAAGCGGAAGCAGUGAACACUUUUGCUGCAUCACACAGACAGCCCUCGGAGGCAAGGGCUAAAAGAGCAAUAAUCUCCCAGGAAAAAGAAUUUGCAGACACAUCACUUGAAAGUGCAAAUACUUCAACACUAGCGAAGGUUUCCCAUCGCUCCACGAGUCAGGAGGACAUUCUGCAGAUCCUCACAGGCCUUGAUAAAGAAGACAUGGAGCAGUCUUCAACUUCAGCAAUGGAUCAUGUAAAUGCGGGCUUAAAAAUGGACUCCAAAACCAUCCAGAGUAAUCAGGAAAAACUUAAUUCAGAUGAAGAAUCAGGAAGAAGCAAAAAGCCAACCACUCACUCAGAUUUGGAGAGAAGAAAGAAAGUUGGCUCCAAGCAGUUCUCCAAUUCCAGGGGAGUUUUUAGAGCAUCACUUUUUGAAAAUGACAAAAACAUUCUAAAUGAUGAAGACUCCACCAAGUGUAUAAAACCAUCAGAUGCCAGCACUGGAGGAUUUAAAUCCAGGAGGUUGUUCAGCCCGAGAGAAGCUCUGAGAUCAAAAGCUGUCAUUAAACCUGCAAUUGUUGAAAAGGAUAUGAAGGCAGUCAUGGGAGGAACUGUUUCUGAGGCAGAGUCAGAAAAACAGAAGUCUGUUUUUAAAAUGGUAGCAAAUAAAAUGACAAGCAGCAUCACAAUCUUCCCUUCUGAGCCAACAGCUCCGAGGACCAAUGCAGAUAUAGCAGCAAAAGAAAGGCAUGUUACCACCAGCAACAUCAGAGUUGCUCCAAAUGAGCCUUCACCAAUAACAAACAAUCCCCCCCCACCCUUUGAGGUAUCAAUUAAUAAAAGUGCUCUGAAAUUAUCUGAGGCAGACAGAAUUGGAGAGGCAGCGCCGAGAAGUAAAGCAGAAGCAGUGGUCUCCAGAAGCAGCAUUAUGAUAAAGACUGCUGAACUCACAGAGAGGAAUAUUGAGCCACCUUCGGAGACAAUCAGCUGGAAGAGCCAUGGCUCUUCAGAUGUAGCUUCCUCUGAAACAAAACAUGUCACUGUGAGAAGUUCCUGGAGAGCAAGACAAGGCUUACAUUCCCUGGAGGACUCUCAAACCAAAGUGGAGAAAAGUGCAGCUUCCAGUACUACAAACAUGUAUAGGUCCUCGGUGGACCUCUCAGAAAUGGAAGGGAGCGGUGCAAGAACAAACCUUCUGGAGCAGACCUCAGCAAAAACCAGUGCCACGGCAAAUUCCUGGAGUGCCCCUGAACUGGGGUCUCGGAGGACCAAAAGUAACUUGAGUGCAUCUGAACUGCUAACACGCAGGAGCUAUGCAAGUGAUCCUACAGCGGCUUCUGCUUGGCACCGGACCACACCACCUGACGAAAGCAAGGAUUUUGUGCCCAGUUCCAGAAGAAAACAAUACAGCUCUUCUGAGUACCUCUUACAGGUUGACACACCAGGGAAAAGGCCAGCCACCAAGACGGAGCUGCAGGACCCUGAACCCAACCCUCACACACCACUGGGUCCCCAAGUAGAGGAGCAGGGUGCUUCCCGUGCCUGCCGGACGACAUCUCGGAGAUGAGUUGCAUUCCCUUCCCCUCAAUGAACACGCUGCACAGCGGAGCAAGAGGCAGGAUAGUACCAAGCUUACGGGCGUCACACCUGUUUGUAACCUCUCCAGAGGCUUCAGCUAGCCUGAAACCAGUUUUCUAAUGCAAUUUGCAAGGUACAGGAGCUUUACCAGUGAAUUCUUUUUCUUCAUUGCUGAAGAGGCAGCUGCAGAGACUUUGCUCAGGGGACUCCCACUUCUCAUCUCUGUACCUGCAAUCUUAAUAUUCUCCAUAGGAUGAUAGGUCUGUGUCCACAUGGAAACCUUGACCGCGCAGCCACUCUGAACAAUGGUACUCCCUGGACAAGAGAGAACUUAUUGUUAAUCAUUUGCAUUUAGACAAGAUCCCAGAAGUAUCCUUGUGACUACAGUCCACCAGCCCACGACAGCUGUCCCUCACGGCUCCACAUGGCUUUCAGUUCUUAGGGAGAGUUUGCAUUCUCCUAAGACACCACUGUUGGCUUGGGUUGUGCUCACCUACUACCUGUGUUCCCAGUGUACCCAGUACCCUCUGUCUCUAGGCAGAGGUUCCCCAUUGGUUGCUUUCCAUGGCAAGAGGGAAAGAGAUCAGAAAAUAUUGUUUAAAAGCAGUUUCUUCCCUAUCACUGUCAGCCUGUGCAACAAUCUUUGCAUGACCUACUCAUCACCAGCUGAGAUCUUGCAUCGAGAAGUCAUCCACUGAGCCAAACCCAACAGCAGUUCACGCAGCAGUGAAACUUCCUCCUCGCUUGGACUGGGGUGCCUUUUUUUGACCUGAAGCUUUAUGUCCAUCAUGCUCUGCAGGCAACAACUCAGCUGCUUGUUCUCAGGCGUUGAGCUCUAAGGGAAAAAGAAACAAGUGCUUUUCCUUGCAGACAAGCAGAAUGUCCUUAUUCCUUCCAAAACCAGGGUGGAGACAGCAAGAUUAGACCCUAAGCUGAGCUUUAGUAUGGCUACCUAGGCAGCCUCAGUCUGUGCCCCUCUUCAGGACCACAUCUGCUGUGUCUGGGACCCAGGUAUGGUCAGAGACUGCUUCACCUAAGAGGUACGUUACCCUGUCAGUGCCCACAGGCCACUGAGCGCAGAUGUCAUCACUGGGGAGACACCAUCCCUGAAGCUCGAAGAGGUGCUCGGGUGUUAGAGCAGCAGCUGCCCUGAGCAGGGUGAUUGCCUCUAGCUCACACACUUAGAGCUCCGCCAGUCCUUCCUUCACAUCCCACCACCCAGCUGCAGGGCUGGCCCAUGGUUUCCCCAUCCAACCACCACUGACCUCCCGCAGUGCUUUCUUCUGCCUGUUGGAAACAGACGCCCCUCUCUGCGGAGGGACAAGGACAAUGUUGCAGAAGGGAAAAGGUCCCCUACCUGUUUUGGAGGUGCUGUGGGAACAGCUGUGAUCCAGCAGCUCCCACGUCUUAGUUGCACCCCAAACUUAUUCCCACAUCCCACCCUCCACGAGGAGCUACCACAGCAGCGCGUGUGUGACUGCCCAUACAUGCAUAUCUACGUGCCAUAUCUCCUCCCUGUCCCUUGGAAUUAUAUGCCUCAAUUAUGAGAGGCAAAUGAAUCAAAAAAACAGAGCUGGUUGGAAAAUAUCUAUGAAAACAUUUAUAUAAAAAGGAAAGUGCUUCAAUGACAUGCAUUUUUUUUAAAAUAAAGAUUGUUUGGAGGAAGGGAAAAAUUAUUUUUGAAAAAAAAAGUGUUUCCUUUUGCAAUUUUUAGAUGUUUUCCCAAAUUUAUAUUUUUAACCCUUCAUUUUAUUCUUUUAUAUUUUGUAACACUUAUGUGUCAAGUUGCAUAACAAGACAAAAAGAUAAUGCUUUUAAAUUAGUACUAAGUGGCAGCUCUAAUAAUCUUGAAAUUCAAUUAUAUCAACUGCUAUCUCUUUACCAUUUCAUGACAUGGCAGUGCUAGUAGAGAAUGGGACAAACAUAUCACCAAGUAUAAUGGGAAAAACUUUUAAACUCAAAACCCAAACUAAAAGUGAAAGAAACUGAAAUUCUGAAGUUAAAAUUCAGAUUUCUGAAAUUCCUUCCUCUGCCCCACGUUUAUCAGGAAUUAGUGCAUAUUCUGCAAUCUGAAACCACAGUGGAUUAUUAUUAUUCUUUUUUUUAAACGAGCCUGUGAAGUUGCUCCCCCCUGAGCACCCUGCUUUGCUCAGGGGUCAGCUGUACGGCAGGAUCGCCACCACCACACAAGAAAAAGAUGCUGCGGAGAUCAAUUAACGCUUGAUUGCCAUCCGCUUCCCCUGCCGAGCCACAUUCCACCCUCACAAAGUGCAGCCCGACCGCAAGUGCCACAUCCCACGGUGCUGCCACAGGGCUGCCUUGCUUGCCAGCCUCUGCCAGCUCAGGAUGCUACAUUCUGACUCUCUAUCUUUAUGUUAAAUACUUCCCUUCAAAACAAAAUAUGCUGCCUCAGGUCCUCUUCCAUCCGUUGCAUUGGAGACCCUGCUGCAAAACCCCUCUGAGGCAGCGCAGCCGUGCCGCAGCAAGCAGCCCAAACGCGUCCUGCAGCACCUGCCCGCCGAACCCGGGAGUUCGCAUCUUGGCCUGUCCCUGCCUCUCCAGCCAUCGCCGCCGUUCACAUUCCCAAAGCUGCUGCUGCGCAGCUCCCCAGCCGUGUAACGCCCCCAGUUACAGCCACUGCGGAAACCCCACUGCCGACAACUCGCCUGGCGUUGCAGCUGGGUCGGGCACAGCAGCAGCACUUGGAGGAGCCGCCCCCCGCCCGGGGUCACUGCUGCCCAAAGCGGCAGCUUCUGCCGCCGGCCGGACUGUACACACGCACUGAAGAGGACGAGGACCGCUUUGAGCAGCGACUGUACGGCUUUUGUCUCAGUGGUGAGCCCCGUCCUGCUGCGGAUUGUCCACAUCCUCCAGGACCCUCGGGUGCUCACACACAUCCCCCAGCCUCAUCUUCUCACCUUCUUGGCACAGAUUCAGCUUAGCAUGGUGCUCCCAAAGCUCCUUCCGAGGGAACUGGUUUCAGUCCUAGCGCUGCGUCCCUAUGAGGUGACAUGCUUGGUUAACACAGACUUCCCUGUAACUCCCCCAAACUGGCUGACCCACUGGCUUUUCAACCCCCCCAGUAACACAAUCCCACGUCUGAUGUGCAAGGGAACAACCACCAGCAGCAAGAACUGUUGGUUCUCCCCUUCCGUCAGCCAGGACCGAGCUUUUCCUUGGCUCUGGGCAACCGCAGGGCUUCACCCCGCUGCUCAGCGGCUCACAGCACGCGGCAGGAGCCCCAGCUACUGGCUCAGCCAUGCAGAUCUGUCCCACACUGCUCUCCUCAGGUGCUUCUCGCAGGUGACGUCUCUCCUUUCUCCAGCUGCCUCAGUCGUUCGUUCAGUAUUUUACAGCACACACCUUGAGCUGUUGCUCUAGACUCAGUCUCGCUGCUUGUAAAUAUAGAACACAGAUGUCACUCGGUAACUGCACACUGGGUUGUUUUUACCACAACUGAGAUUAAAUCUGAGAAAGAAAACCCUCCUUAAAAUUGAAAGGGGCCUUGCCCUCUAAUCACGAGUGCAAUAGGAGCUGAUUGUAUUAAACUUAUAGCAAUGACUUCAGGAAACACAAUGUGUUUUACUCAAAUUGCACACUUUUUUUGAACAGCUGUAAAAUAGAGUAUAUGUGUAAAUAUUGCCAUCACUGAAGAAGUAUUUGUAAUUUUAGCAUAUAAAUGUAACAGGCUUUUCAGUGGGCUUGAUGAUGCUGUGAGGCUGCGCAUCAAGCACUCGGGUAAUUCCAAAGUUGUAAAUGUAUUUGCUGUACAGAGGGAGUGUGUCAGUGCUCGCUGCUCCCAAGGAAAUGGAGACCCUGGGCCCUUUCGCAGAGCCAGCAGCUUUUCCCAGAACGGCUGGCACCACCCUGCGGGGCCACCAGCUUGCUGCUUCACGGAGCAGCUUCCUUUGUGUCCUGUGUCCAGAACCACCACUGCAGCACGCGGAGCAGCCCCUGCCCUGCCUGGGUAGCACGGAGGGGUGACAGCUCCUCGGUACAACCACCAGCGCAGCGCAUCGUCAAACCGCAGCUCAGUGGCCACGGACGAAGGGAGCCCUGCAGCUCUGCAGAUGGUACCUCCAGGACAGGAAGCACAGGGCCAGGUGGUGCACCUUGGUGCUUCAAGAGACACUUGACAUGAGCGAUUUCCUAGCUGCAGAUCGAUGCAAUAGUCACAUUGGUGUCAUUUCUGAUAUAGUAGACCUCAUCUAUGCCACCCUUGCACAUCACUGGAGUGGUGAAGCACUGCUCCAAGGCCAGCUCUGUAUGGGAUGAAACAUGAAGCCAUUGUUUGCAGAUGCCUCGGAUGGUCAGUAACCUACGGACCCAAAGCAUCGCCCUCCUAGGCUGCCCAGCAUGCAGUGCGGGCUCCUGCCUUGGGGAAGCAGCACUCCAGGCUGCAUGGAAUGUAUUUUUAAGAGAAUAAAUAUUUUUUUGUAUUUGCAGACAUAUAUUUGGGCUGGGGCAGCUUAGUCAGAAGACAAAUAAUGCAAGAAAUCUUCUCAUAAUCACAGAAUCAUCCAAGUGCAACGAAUUUUCCAGGGUUAUAGUAUUGCCUAUUUCCCUAAUACAAACUUUGUGUCCAAUAGAGCUAUCAGCACUGUUUCACCCUCUCAAACUCUCCCCGUCUCAGCACGCUCCGUAGAGGGAAGCCCGCGCUUUCCUCCCCAGGCUGCCCAUGCAGUGGAUAAAGAUGGUGCUUACCUCCUUCCAGUUACACAGUGCUCUUAGUCUGCAUGCCAAAUGUAAACACACACUUUAUCUGCAUGUCUCUCCUGACUCAAACACUGUCAGCUCUACAGUAUAUAACCAAUAAAAGCUCUUCUCUUUUUA